AUGAUGUCCAAUAACUAUGAGCCUCGUGUUGAAUUUGAUGUGAAUGUGGCUAAAAGAUAUUUCAAAUUCCGCUAUGAGGAGAAGGACCGCAAUGGUACCACCAUUUACGGAGAAUCUAAUGGUUCAAGGCGAACAUUUCCCUCAAUAAAAAUCCAUUGUCCUUUUGACACAACCGCAACAGUCCUAGUUUCUUGCUUCACUGACGACGUCAACGGAAAACACAUACCUCAUCCAAAUAAAAUUGUGCGGCAUCCAAAAUGUGAGGAUGGAGUCUGUGUAGUUGAUGUGACAAUAAAAUCCGGUCAGACAACGCAGAUAUUCAAGGAUAUUGCUUUACAGCGAAUUAAGAAAGAUGAGACAGCCAUCGAAGAGCUGUUAUGGAAAAGAUCGAGAUUUAUGAGGAUAGCCGGUGCCAGAUACAAUCCUUUUGGAGGAAAGUUCAUCGUUCCCUCAAAGUUUAAUAUGGAUUGUGUUAGAAUUUGUUUUCAAGUAUUGCUGAAAAAAGAUGGUCGCGUCAUGGAAUUGGAACCUUUAAUAAGUGAGCCAUUAAUUGAUUAUCUAGCAGUUAGUGAUCUAAAUAUUCUUGAAAUGUGUCCGGAUGAGGGCAGAAUAACAGGAAAUACAAAAAUAAUGCUGAUUAUAAAGAGAAUUAAGAAAACGGACAACAUUAGUGUUAUAUUUAUGGAUAAGGAUUCCAAAGAGAUCCCCGCAAAAGUAGAAAGGACUCAGCCCUAUGUCUUAUCUAAUGGCUAUGGUGUACUUAUAUGUUACACGCCUAAAAUCUCUCUCGAUGAUUCUGCUGGGUGGAAAGAGUUUGCAGUCAAAGUGAGAUCAAAUAACGAUGAAACUCUUUCUGAGAAUAUGCGAGGUUUUGUGUAUAAAAGAAUUUUCUAUCCUGAUUCAGAUUAUUCAGAGGAAGCAUAUUUGAAAAUGCUUAAGGAAAAAAAGGUUGCCUACAGCUUGAUUGCCGAAUUAGGUGAAACAAUGAGCAUUUCGAGAGACCAAGAAAAUACUGUAACGGCGGCCCAAGAAGUUUAUAACACACCCAGCACAAGUAACUCCUUCUAUACUCAAAACAUGCAAACUCAUCCUGAUGCAACUCCAUCUAAUUAUCUUUUUCAAAAAAAUUACUAUAUCGAAAACACCAGUAAUAAUUUUCAUGCGAAUAAUGUUUACCUUACAAAUAGCAUGUAUGAAACUCCAAUUGAUGUGUCACCUUGCUUAAAUACCCAAAUUAUUGAACAUGAAAAUGAACACUACUACUUUCAAGAUAACGGAACAAAUACAGGAAUUCAGCAGGACCAUAAUUCCAGAGUGGAGCAACAAAACCCACAAGAUAGACUGUUAAUUCAACCAAGCAAUAACAUGGAAAUCAAUUUGGGGAAUUUAGAUUUAAUUGAUUUUUCUCAAGAUGACGGAACAAAUACAGGAAUUCAGCAGGACCAUAAUUCCAGAGUGGAGCAACAAAACACACAAGAUAGACCGUUAAUUCAACCAAACAAUAACAUGGAAAUUGAUUGGGAGACUAGAAUUAUAGAUGAAUGUUUUGGACUAUAG